AUGGCUAGGCAUCGUCUUAUUGUAUCUCUGGUUUUAGCAUUGUCACUGUUGAGCAUGGAUGUGAGCCUGGCAGGCCGCCACCUUUUGGACACACCAACAGCUCCACCACCAGCACUAACACUGCCUCAAACUCCAUCUCUUCCUAAGCCCACAUUGCCUCCCUUGCCAGCAAUGCCUGCGCUGCCCACCACCCCAUUGCCGACACUGCCAAGUGCCCCAACUCUGCCAAAGCUCACAUUGCCGCCGCUGCCUUCUUUGCCAAACCCAACAUUGCCAACCAUGCCCACAAUUCCAAAGAUGACGCUUCCUCCGCUGCCCGCCAUCCCCACCAUUCCAACAACAAUCCCAACAGUUCCUUUCCUUUCACCACCUCCAUCCACCACCAGCCCUUAG